UACAGGAAUUUCAAGAGACUGCAUGGAACGUACAUUGCCGUCUACGUAAUGGGUCUGAUCACCGCCAUACUCGUCUUCAUCAGCGCCAUCGCGAGACGAGCGAAGCCCCUGGAAGUCGGAGUGUUUCUCUGCAAAGGAAAGAUCGCCCUCACGUCCAUGGAGAUCGGAUACCUCGGCUACCGGCCCUUAGCUGCUGCUGCCCACUACUUCUUCAGCAGAAGGCCACGGACUGAUAAGGAAUGGAGGAAGUUCUACCACGUCAGCUACAUCGGCAUGGAAACCUGCUUGCUGAUUAUGGAUGUGUAUACUACCUGGCGACUGGACCUGUACAUGGACAAGGUGGUCUCCAGGAAGCAAUUUUUCUGAGACAAAAAAUUCUGUGACGUUCACUUCAAAUGUGUC